AUGAAGCUUUAUUACUCUCCUGCUUCACCAUACGCUCGUAAAGUACUCAUCGUCGCUCAUGAACUGGGAAUUCGUGACCAACUCGAGGUCGUAACCGUUUCCGUCAACCCAAAGGGUGGACCAGACACGCCUGUUGUAUCUGCCUCCAAUCCGCUGGGCAAGAUUCCCACUCUUGUCCUAAAAGAUGGUACCGCUCUAUACGAUAGUCGCGUGAUUUGUGAGUACCUCGAUUCUAUCGCCGGCGGAAAUCUUUUCCCGAGAGAGCAUGCGCCCCCAAGAUGGGUGGCAUUGCGGCGACUCGCUUUGGGUGACGGGAUCGUCGAUGCUGCGUUGUCGGCCGUGUACGAAAGUAGGGAAACCAUUCGGCCAGUUGAGAAACAGUAUCAGGGUUGGAUCGAUGCACAAUGGGCAAAAGUCGUACGAGCUUUGGAUGCACUUGAAGAAGAGGCAGAUACGCUAGCCAACGGUCAAGACGCAACUAUAGGAGAGCUGGCUGUCGCCACUGCGCUCGGGUACUUGGACUUUAGAUUUGCAGCAAAAAACUGGGCGAGUUCUCGACCAAAAUUGGCCAAGUGGUAUAAUGAGCAGUUCCUUCACAGGGCAUCUUUCGUGAGCUCCCAGCCUCCAAGCAGUUGA